AUGAGUAAUCAUAGUGAUGAAGAUGAAGAUCUUUCUCAAGAUGAACAAGAUCAAGAUUUAGAUCAACAAGUUGAAGAAAAUUUAGAUGUUCAACAACAAAAUGCUUUUGUUACAGAUGAUGCAGAUGUUGAAGUAUCAAAUCAACAACAAUUAGGAGAAUAUGAAGAUAUCGAACCAAUUGAAGCUCAACCACCCAAUGAAAUUGAUGUUGAUGAACAAGAAAGACAUCAAUCUGGUACACCUGCUUUUCGUACACUUGAAGAAUUAUUUAAAGAAGGAGUUCUGACUGGCACACAAAUGGCAUUACUUAAAUCGAAAUAUAUUGAUUUACAAAAUGCUUUAACACAAUCACGUCAAGCUGAAGCUCGAUUACGACAAGAAGAACAUACAUAUUUAGCUCAAAUUGAAAAACAAAAACGUAUAUUAGAAGAAGGUGAAUCAUUUCCAGAUAAAAUUACAACUGAAGUUCAACAACGACGAAAAGAUUUACUUAAAUAUAGUAAUGAUUUAGCAUGUACUAAUGAACGUUUAUUUGAUCUUGAAUAUAAAAUAAAAGCUUUGGAAGAAGAUAAACGUGCUUUAGAAAAGGAAAAAGCUCGAAUACCAAAUCAACAUGAUAUUGAUGAAAAACUUAAAAAUUUACGUAAAGAAUGUGAUGAAUUAAAACGACAAAUUGGACAAAAAAAAUCUGAAAUUAAUGAUCAAAAUAUUUUAUUAGGAGAUAAAAGAAAAAGAUUUACUAUUACAACAAAACAAUAUGAUGAACUUAAACAUACAAUUGAAACGCUUGAAUCGGAAUAUAUUCAAGUAACAUUACGACCAGCUGAAUUAAUUAAACAAACUGAUAGUCUUUCACUUCAACGAGAUCAAACUGAACAAGAAAUUGAAGAUAUGGAUGUACAAUUAAAAGAACAAAUGAAUUCUAUUCAACAACUUCGAGAUGAUAUUGAAAAAAUGAAAUCUUUAUCAACAAAAGAAAUAAGAUUAAAUGAUCAACAAAAUCAACAAAAUGAUAAAUUAAAUGAAGAAAUAAAAAAUGUUUUAAAUUUAAUUGCAUUUGAAGAAGCUAAAUUAGCCAAAGGACAAAUAGACGAACGUCAAUCUACGGAAGCUGUAAAAAGUACAAUACAAAUGGGUAAACAAAUUCGUGAACAACAUGCAAAAAUACAAAAACAAAAAGAAAGAUUAUUAAGAGAUUUAAAACGUGCUGAAACUCAAUUUCGUCAUGCAAAAGAUGAAUUAUCAAGUGCGAAUAUGACAAUAGAAAAAUUACAACUUAAAGUAAAUUUUUAUUUAAUUGAAAACAAUAUUAGAUUUUGAGUGGAUAUAAUUAAAACAAAAUUUACCGUUUGACGUUUAUCUGACAUAGUAUUCUCUUGUAAAAUGAAGUUUAGAAAAGAAGGAAGACAAUUGUUCUUAAUGUAUACUCUCAAAACAUACUGACUUAUUUUAAUUAUUGAGUAUUAGAUUUACUACUGAUUUGUAUUUCGUGCUUCGGACACAUGAUGAGUCUAUUAUAAUGAUACCACCUUCAUACUAACGAAGGAGUGCUUUCAACCGAUUAAUCGAUUUUUAAUUCGGACUGAGUGCAUAAGGUAGACACCAAUGAGAUAUGAAAAACCUCAAAACGAUAAGUUCCCUUAGGCCUACUGUCCAGAGUUAUAGACAUUUUAUUAGAAUUUUAGCCUCUGACUUAGUAUAUACCAACAAAUCGAAUGGCGAAAUUUCGAUCUGAGGUUUUACUCACAAACAAGUCUAUUUGUUAGUGGAAUGUUCUGAAAAUGUCAGUUCAAAAGAAUAUUUCCUUCCCGAGAUAUUAAUAUCUCUAGAAAGAAAUUUUCUUUUCAGCUGAAAUUUUCAGGAUAUUCUACUAACAAAUAGACUUGUUUAUAGGCAAAAUCUUAGAUCGAUUAAAAUUCUAAUAAAAUAUCUAUAAAUCUGAAGAGAACAUCUAAGUGAACUUAUUCUUUUGAGGUUUUUCAUAUCUCAUUGUUGUCUGUCUUAUGCACUGAGUCCGAAUUCAAAAGCGAUUGAUCAGUUGAAAACGUUCCCUUAUAAGAGGAGAUGACCGUUCUAUAGAGCCAGCCAUUGCAAUAUAUUUAUAAUAUGAUCAUAUUCUUCACUGUUACAUUCGAUAAAGUGAGGAACUUUCUAAAAUGAACUCUUUAAGGUAAUGGUGAACUGGAUUCAGUUUUUUUUGUAUGUAAGGAAUAUACAAAUAUUUUUAUUCUAACUGAAUAUCAGAAAAAAUCCAUAAGUAAAACAGGGUACAGAAUAUCAUAAAAGUUACCUAUCAAAAAAAAAGAAUUUGAAUAUUUAUAUCGUGUUUUAACCAAAUUAGUUUAUUCUUUUUUUUUCUUGUGAUAGAGGAGAGAUCUUAGUUUUUAUUUGUAUGGAAGAAAUUGAAAAGUCAUGUUCACAGUAAUCAUUCUUGCCAGCAAUACAAAAAAUAUUGACCAUUAGUACGGAAUCACUAGACUAGAACAGUUUCCAAAGGGUUCGUGUCCUUGUUGCGUAUCAACCGAGCUAUUAAAUUUCUACUGAAUACACUUUCAUAAGAUUCAAGCUCAUAGAAUCUUGAUUCCGCUGCGCUCUUCAAUAAGAUUUCACAUUAUUAAUAAAAUUUUAUUAUCAAAUUCUGACUUGAAACUUAACAUACGCAAAGCUUACACUUCGACUAGUAUGUGUAAAAUAUUUCAAAUUCUUUGGAUUGUCAAUUUCUUCUCUAUCAUUGAUUUUUUUUUUAUAUCAAUAAAUUGUCUAUGAAGAAAAUAGUAUCUGACAAAGCUUAUUUGUU